AUGCCUGCAGUAACAUCAGCAUCAGAAAGCCUCAUUGUAAUUCCUUUGGAGAACAAGGUCUUGUUGCCAUCUGUGGUCCUCAAGGUCAACAUGCGAGGCAGAGAUGCCGUCGCUUUAACCAGAAAGCAUUUACGAUCAAAUGAACAACGUAAGCCAACUUAUGUUGCUUGCAUUCCAUUGACUGGAGAGCCGGCCAAAAGCACCGCAGUUACAAACGAUCCACAACAGCAAGAGCAAGAGAAUCCCAAUGAUCCCAAGGCGACUCCUACCACCAAGAGCAGCAAUUCCAUUAGCGCCAUGAAAGAUGAGGGAUUUAUCAAGCCUGAAGAUAAGCAUCGUUUGUUCAAUUACGGCUGUACUGCGCGUAUUAUUAGAGUUCAAAGAUCGGGUCUGGGCGCAUUUACCAUGUUUGUGGAGGGUAUUUCUCGCUUCAAAGUAGAUCGCUUUACAACGCCAGAGGGUAGUACAUUGCAUGUCAAGGUGAAAUACAUGGAUGAAGAAGAGCAAGAAAGAGAUUUAGAAGCUGCUAGUGACGAAAUCAUCCGAUUCAAAGCUCUAGUAAGAGAGUUUUUGGCCAAGAUGAAGGAUCUUCGCAUGCCUGAAAACUUGAUCCAGCAAUUGACCAAGCUCACUGAUUCAGUAUCCCCUCCGGUAUUAGCAGAUUUACUGGUGUCUGUCAUUGAGACAUCAUUUGAUGAGAAGCUCACCAUGCUUUCGACAACUAAUCUCAAGGAACGAGUAGAGAAGGCGUCCGAGUGGAUGACUCGUCAACUUCAUGUUCUUAAAAUAUCGGAGCAAGUGCACUCGAGUGUAGAAGGCAAGCUUACCAAAAAGCAGCGAGAGUUUUAUCUCCGUCAACAGCUAGAAGCCAUCAAAAAAGAACUCGGAGAAAGCGAUGGUUCCAAUGGCGAGAAAGAUGAAGAUGAAUUAGAGCAGCUAGGCCACAAAAUUGAAGAAGCUGAUCUGUCAGAGGAAGCCUCCACCGUUGCUCAGCGAGAAUUGAAACGCCUCAAGAAAUUGCAGCCUGCCUCUAGCGAAUAUGCUGUCGCUCGCAACUAUCUCGAGCUUUUAGCUGAUUUACCAUGGAAUAAGAAAUCACAAGAUGUGAUUGAUAUCAAGCAAGCCAAACAGAAGCUGGAAAAUGAUCAUUUUGGAUUGGACCAUGUCAAGAAGAGGAUUAUUGAAUAUCUAUCCGUUAUCAAGAUUAAAGAUGAUUUAAAGGCACCUAUCAUCUGCUUUGUUGGACCUCCUGGCGUGGGAAAGACAUCCCUUGGAAAGUCAAUUGCCUCAUCUCUUGGUCGCGAGUUUCAUCGUAUCUCAUUGGGUGGUGUGCGUGAUGAAGCGGAAAUGAGGGGACAUCGACGCACUUAUGUAGGGGCAAUGCCUGGUCUGAUCAUUCAGGGCCUCAGAAAAUGCAAAGUGAAUAAUCCACUCUUUCUACUGGAUGAGAUUGAUAAGCUUGUGCAAUCAUCACAUUACGGUGAUCCUGCUGCUGCUCUUUUGGAGGUGCUGGAUCCUGAACAAAACAACAGUUUCUCUGAUCACUAUCUGAACGUUCCAUUUGAUUUAUCAAGCGUGCUCUUCAUUGCUACUGCCAACAAUGUCGAGACGAUCCCAGAGCCACUCUUGGAUCGCAUGGAAUUGAUCAGCUUAAAUGGAUACACAUUCGAAGAGAAAUUGUACAUUGCUAAGUCGCAUCUAUUACCAAAGCAACUGCUGGCUCAUGGCCUUGAAAAGGGUCAGGUUGACAUGUCUGAUGAUGUGUUUCUUAAGGUUGCUGAAAAUUAUACCCGUGAAAGUGGUGUUCGAAGCUUGGAGAGAACCAUUGCAUCUAUUGUUCGUGCCAAGUGUGUGGAACUGGCCAAUUUCAGAGAAGCCAACAAUGAGGCAGAGUACAACCCUCACGUGUCUCUGUCAGAUGUUGAAACUAUCCUCGGUAUGGCAUUUUAUGAAAAGGAGGUUGCUGAAAGAGAGCCUCUUCCUGGUGUUGUUACUGGCUUGGCUUACUCAGGCAGUGGCAAUGGUGGCAUUCUGUUUAUCGAGUCGACAAAGAUGCCAGGCCAUGGUGAUCUUCAAUUGACAGGCUCAUUGGGCGAUGUAAUCAAAGAAUCAGCAAAGCUUGCAUUGACUUGGGUCAAAUCACACGCUUAUGCUUUGAAAAUUGUGCCUGACGAAAACGCCAAUCUUGUCGAGAAGCAUGAUAUCCAUAUCCACGUCCCUGGUGGUGCUGUCCCCAAGGACGGGCCUAGUGCUGGCGUCACUUUGGUCAGCUCACUUGUCUCGCUGUUUUCUGGCUACCAUGUUCCUCCCGCCACUGCUAUGACUGGCGAGAUUUCCCUUCGAGGCCAAGUAUUGCCUGUAGGUGGCAUCAAAGAGAAGGUUGUAUCUGCUCAUCGUGCAGGCAUUCGCAAGAUCAUCUUGCCAUUCCGCAAUCGCAAGGAUGUAGAACAAGAUGUUCCCGAAAAGCUAAAGGACGACAUUGAGUUUGUGUUUGCAAAGAACAUUUGGGAUGUCUUGGAAGCAGCUCUGAUUAUGAACGAAAGAGAGAAAUGGACAACUCGCGUGUAUGAAAGCCAUUUGUAA